AUGUCACAUCGAAAAUUGGACCAGCACCAACGUCUCAGUCAUCGCGAAAAUAUCCAAGAAACUAGUAGUCAAGAAACUGGUAAUAACGAACGACGUCGUCAUUCCCGUUUACAUCCAACCAUUGUCAUUGAUCAUUUGCGUACAAAAUUAAUGCAACCAAAACAAAAGUCUGUGUCAGACAUCGAAACAACGAGUGAAUGGCCAAAGUCACAAAAGCGUUUUUCAACUCAAGUUGAUGUACGAUCCUCAUUUAACACAGAUGUCAUCUCAACUUCAAGCACAAUACCUGAUAUUCCAUCAGCCGUUGAAGAAGAAACUCAGUCACAGUUGAACACACCUGUGCCAAAGUCAAAUUUUGGCCAGUCGCCAUUUCAACCAACUGUGAAUGUUGUUGUACCAGCUGUUGAAGAACCAUCAUCUCGUGAAUUAACAAAACUAAGUAAAGGAGAGCGUGACUCAAAGAAAUCACGUCGUGAUAAAUCGUGGUCAUUGACUGAUGAAGCCGAGUUACACGAACAAGAACAGCAUAAACAAAAAGUUAAAUUAUCAGUCAAGUCAUUGCCGCCGACUCGGACAACAAAUUCUCAAAUAAUGGAUAUAAAUCCUCAUACAACUAAUGGACAGAAUCAUCAUCAAAAAGAUGCCACCAAAAGACGACGGCGACAAACAUCACGAAGAACAGGUUUUCAAAUACGUGAUGAAGAUUUUAAGAUUAUAUUUGGCAAGGAUCUGGCGGAAAAUGAACAGCUGAUUAUAGCUUUUCCAUGUGCAUGGAAAAAAGAUAACUCUGUUCAUUUUAUACACGGGCGUAUGUUUCUAUCACAAAAUUAUUUAUCAUUUUAUACGUGUUUUUUUAAAUGGGAAGAAAGUCUCUGCCUUAAUUUUCGCGAUAUCAUCUCUGUGACAAAAAAAAAAGCAACACGACAUUUGCUUCCAAAUGCAAUUGAAAUACGUAUCCAGAAUUAUGAACGACGUUAUCCCCUGAAUUAUCAUGAAUUAUAUCAACUAAUUCAUGCAUCAUCAUCAUUUGAAUAUACGGAUCAAGAACAAGAACGGAAUAGUUGUUCAACGGAUAAUGAGGCAGAUGAGGAUGUCUUUCAAAAUGGAAAUGAAACAACAACUCACGAUGAACAUCAAGAAAAUAAUUAUGAUACAGUUAUUAAUGAGGUUAUUGAUUUUGAAAUACCGCAUGUUUGUUAUGUUGUUAAUACUGAAGUUUAUAAUGAAGGUAUGCGUUAUACAGAUACCUUUUAUGUGGCAAAUAAAUUUUGUUUAACACAAUUAAAUGCUGAUGAUCCAUUUGUUAAGUCACAACUGAAAGUUAGCACUGAAAUACGUUAUGUUAAAAAUGUUAAUUCAUUUAUCAAAUUCCGACGUCUGGAUGCUGAAGUGAUUAAAAUGGAUGCGAAUAGGACGGCACCGCCAAAUGAUGAUCAUGGAAAAAGCAGACGAAAAGUAGUGAAGAAGAAAACAGCAGUACAACAAUGGACAACUAACGAUGCAAUAGACGAAGCUUGUCAAGUGCAGGAAAGAUAUCGGGCUAUUGAAACUGCCACAGCAGUAUCCUACAUAGAUCCGCAGACUACUUCUGAUAGUAGAACCCACCGUCAUCAUCACACUUCAAGAGAACGAUUAUCAGCAGCGGCAACUGAACCACUGUCGAAUAAUUUAACAAAUAGAAAAUUAUUAAAAAUAUUUAUGUUUGUGAAUAAUCCAACUGUUGGACUGGAUACUAAUUUGUUAAGAGUAUUUAUGGAAAAACAAGAAAAAGUAUAUCAUAGAAAAUUAACAUUAGCAUUAAAACAGCAUCUGGUGUGCCAGGAAAGAUGUUAUAAAUGGGUGAUAGAAAAGAUAAAGUCAGACGGUGUCCUCAAUUUGACUAAUUCACCUCUGUUUGACGGUAAUGCGAAUGAUAUGUCAUCAUCUGAUGCAAUGCAACGGUUAGACUGUGUUAUUGAUGAUGAUCCAUGUGUGUAUCAUGUUAUAUAUGUUACUCUUCGUCCGAUCGAGAACAAAGUCAAGGAACUGUGUGAUGCACUACGUGCUUCAUGCCAGCCUGAAGAUGAUGUCAGAAAGGCGUCGAAAGCUCGCAAUAAUAGUGCAUUAAUCAAAUUAUCAUCAUCGAAUAUCCUACCCGAUUAUCCAGUAGAAGACUAUACUGGUAUUGAUCUGGAGAGAAUAAAAAAACAAAUGCCCAUGAAAAAUAAAAGAGAAAAGCCAAAUUUGGCAUUGCGUGCUAGGAGACAAGACGAGCCUGUAGCUUCAGGCAAACAAGUAUCCGAUAUUGCGCCAGAUGGGACUAAUUUUGGUAAUUCAAUAAUGAAUGUGGGACCAACUCAAACCAGAGAAGAUUUAAUAUUCGCACAGUUCCAAGCCGGACAUAUUCCUGACUUUAUGAGAAAUGCUAUUCCUGUCACAGUAACAGCUGGAAUUGAUACACUAACAUACUGGGUUCUUCCAGAUGUACUCUGCAUAGGCACAAAUACAGAUUACUUAAGAACGCCACUUAAUCCAUUAACGGCAAAGAAAGUUGCAGAUCUAUUUAGUUGUGUUCUGCCAACAAAGAAAAUGGCACAACAAAUUUGGCAAGCAGCCACAAUUAAGCUAAAUCCAAAUCCAAAUGGUGCGCCAUACGAUGCGACUAUGAUGUCAACAGAAAGAAUGAUAUUUCAUAAUAAAAAAGUUCAAGCUGCACUUGCUAAUAAAGUUCCAGGUGAGUUGGUAACUGGUCAUAAAAAAGACGUAGUCAUUUCUGUUGCGCUAUUAACUCAUCCAAAGAAUGUAGCUAUUGUGGGAUGGUGGUACCCAUCGGGACAAAUGAUUCAACCAUUAAAUGCAGUAUCACAUGAUCGUUAUUAUAAAGACUAUAGUCACGGCAUACGACUAAUUAAUCGUAUGGUAACAAUAAAUGGACAAGGGUACGAUAUAUAUGAUGUAUUACGCAAUAAAACACUUGCAACUUUAAUAAGUGAUGAAGGUCCGUUUGAUGCCACCAAAAUGUACACAUAA